AAUGCUUUUGUUUUCCAGUGUACAGAGACAUCCUGGCUUGUGGCAGAGGAGAUUCAUUUUUCAUAAGAAGCCACUUUGAAUGUGAGAAGGAAACUCCACAGAGCCUUGCUUUCACCAGGGGUGAGGUCUUCCGAGUGGUAGACACGCUGUAUGAUGGCAAGCUGGGCCACUGGCUGGCUGUGAGGAUCGGAAAUGAGCUGGAGAAAGGCUUAAUCCCUAACAAAAGCAGAGCUGAGCAAAUGGCCAGUGUCCAGAACGCCCAGAGAGAGAACUCUGGAGACAGAGCAGACUUCUGGAGGAUGCGCGGCCAGAGAUCCGGGGUCAAGAAGAACAUCCGAAAGAGCCGGGAAGACCUGACAGCUGCCGUGUCAGUCAGCACCAAGUUCCCUGCCUACGAGAAGGUUCUGCUGCGGGAAGCUGGCUUCAAGAGACCUGUGGUCUUAUUUGGCCCCAUAGCAGAUAUAGCCAUGGAAAGGCUUGCCAACGAGUUACCUGACUGGUUUCAAACUGCAAAAACUGAACCCAAAGAUGCAGGAUCCGAGAAAUCCAGUGGAGUAGUUCGGUUGAACACUGUGAGGCAAAUUAUUGAGCAGGACAAGCAUGCUCUGCUCGAUGUGACGCCCAAAGCUGUGGACCUGCUCAACUACACUCAGUGGUUCCCAAUCGUGAUCUUUUUCAACCUGGAUUCCAGACAAGGUGUUAAAACCAUAAGACAGAGGUUGAAUCCGACAUCCAAUAAAAGUUCACGGAAGUUAUUUGAUCAAGCCAACAAGCUCAAAAAAACCUGUUCUCAUCUUUUUACAG